AUGCUGAAGCCUACGUCACAGUCAAAGUCCUCCGAUGUCGAUGGCGGGUUCCCGUGGUUGGACGCCGUGGGUUGGGGGUGUUUGAUCUGGUAUACCACGGUGCAGUUGGUUUGUGUUGUUGGAUAUUACCAAAUAUGGAAGUACUUCUUGCAACGACCUCCAAAGUCGAGUUCGACCACAGCCACCUCCCACACUCCCCAUGUUACCGCCAUCCGGCCUAUCAAAGGAUUAGAACCACAUCUUUACGAGUGUUUAGCGUCUACUUUCUACCAGGAUUACCCUUACGGUAAACUGUCGGUACACUUCUGUGUCUCGUCCCGAACGGAUCCCGGUUAUCCUACGGUGCAAAGAGUCCUGACCGAUUUCCCCGAUGCGGAUGCACGCCUCUUUAUCGAAGACGAAGAUCCCCUCCUCCAUCCGAAGAACGGUGAUACACCGUACGCUUUGGGUCCCAACCCCAAAAUUCGAAAUAUGAGUCGGUCAUACCGUGAAGCAAAUGGCGACAUUAUUUGGAUUAUUGAUUGCAAUGUUUGGGUGGGGCCUGGCGUCUGUGGACGGAUGGUUAAUAGACUCUGUGGGACUGGGAACACGCCUGGUAGGAAGUACAAGUUUGUGCACCAUCUCCCCGUUGCGGUGGAUGUCACGGGAGCAGGCAGCUACAGGGAGGAAAGGCAGGCGCUUCUUGACGGUGCCUACGACGGCGACGCUGCCAAUCGUGAAGCAGUUGUGGCUGCUCUGCCACACAAGGAUUCGGAGGCCGCUGGGGCUCUAGCCAUGGGAGGUGGUCGUCUCGAGGAGCUGUUCCUAUCGUCUGCGCAUGCAAAAAUGUACACGGCAAUUAAUACGGUCCUGAUUGCGCCGUGUAUCGUGGGCAAGUCCAACAUGUUCCGUCGCUCUCAUCUGGAUUACUUGACUGCAUCGUCACCUACAAACCCUCACUCACGUCUUCCCGGAAUUGACUAUUUCUCGGACAAUAUCUGCGAAGAUCAUUUGAUUGGGGACUUAUUGUGGAAGAACCGGGUUAAGGAAGAGGAGUUGGGCGAGCCUUGGGGCAAACAUGCCAUGGUCUUUGGGGACCUUGCAUUCCAGCCGGUGGCCAACAUGAGCCUUCAAGCCUACCUGGCACGACGAGUUCGAUGGCAGCGUGUGCGCAAGUUCACCGUUUUGCUUGCCACAUGGGUCGAGCCGGGCACAGAGUCAAUUCUGUGCUCCCUUUACGGAGCGUGGGGUGUUACGACAACCCUUGCUCAGCAUUUGCAGAAUAAGGGUAUUGAAUGGGCGCCCUUGCUGUCUACGUGGACCGCAUUCUUUGCAUUUUUCGUUUUGAGCAUGGCGGCCUGGAUCUUCGUGGAUUGGACAUUGUAUAUCAAACUGCACUCCGCGAAAACCGUCGAACUUGAUGAGAACACGCCACCAUUUGCUCAACCACCAAGUCGCAAAGACUCGGCUACCAGGCGUCCAUUUUUGACCUGGUUUGCAGCGUGGUGUGGACGGGAGCUUCUGGCGUUGCCGAUUUGGUUCUGGGCGUUCUUUGGGGGUGUUACGGUGACAUGGCGUGAACGACGAUUCCGAGUAGGAUUUGAUACCAAGGUGCGCGAGAUUGAGUCUGAGUCGAAGGCUCCAUUGGAGGGAUCGUAUUCGAGUGGUACUCGGGGUUAUGCCAAAGCUCGGCGGGACUAG